CUUGUUGAGACAUUUGUCUCUGCUGCUCAGCCGCAGAUUGAUUGUCCUCUCAAAUACCUAUCCCUUCCUUCUUUGUCCAGCCGCAGUAGCUGGAACUUCAUAUCCCAACGCGCAUCUGAGUUUCUACGAGAUUAUGGACGCGCCUCAGGUUCAAGUGGGCGCGCCAGAGACCUCUUCGAACGUCGGAAACGAAAGCGAAAGCACGUACCCUACACAGAAAACUGGCGACCGUGAUGUCGAUGUAACUGCGCCUUCAAGUGGAGUGAACGAACGCCAGGCAGACUCCACUGAAGACAUCGAUCUACCAGACGCGGGCGCAGCUGAGCCAGAAACGGCACCAGCACUCCCCAAGAAAAACCCUGGCUUCCAAUUCCUUGACUUCCUGAAGUCACCUAUCGUGGAACUGGUCGUCGGAACUGGAGAGAGCAAGACUAGCUUGUCGGCACAUCAAAGUUUGCUUUUGGAGUCGCCUAUUCUUGCGGAGAAGGUCACUGCCUUGGGUGAAUCGAGCGCUCGUCGCAUUGAGCUUCCCGAGGAGAAUGUGGAAGCCUUUGGUUAUUUCCUCCAAUUUCAGUAUACCCGCGAUUAUUCGGCCUCCCAGCUUGAAACACCUACCGAACAAGAAGCAGUCUCCGGCGAAAUAGACGAUAGUGGCGAACAAUUGUUGAAGCAUGCGCGAGUAUACACCUUGGCCGACAAGUUGGGGAUCCCUGCGCUCAAAACACUAGCGCACUCAAAGAUUCACCGUAUCAACAGCACCUCGCAUGGAGAGAUCGCAUAUGCUCGCUAUGUCUACAUGAACACUCCGGUCGACGAUGUUACUAUUCGAAAGCCAGUGGCCACCUUUUGGGCCCUGAGGAGCCACAUUCUCCGCCACGAGGCUGAAGAGGAAUUCCGAAAGCUGUGUGUUGAGGUUCCCCAAUUCAGCUUCGAUGUUCUUAGUCUUGUCCUCGAUCAGAAGGAGAAGCGUGCCCAGGACAAGGCUGAGUCUGAGUCGGCCGUGAAAGGAAGCGGACGGAAACGACUUCGGAGUGGGCUAUAGUAAACGAAAAUUUCAGAGAUUUGAUUGAAUCCUACACCGGAUAAGGGGGGACAAGAAUGACGCAACCCUCUGCACGGCUCCAAGCAGAAAGCCAAAGCGGUACAUCGUCAUUUU